AUGUGCACACAUCUCGACAGCGUCAUGCCGGACAAUGAAGAAAAGGUGCUGAUCCAUCAGGAUUUCUGGCGCCAUCGUCGCAGCUGUGCUCGAUGCAGCGGGCGAAACAAGGUGACUAGCUAUGCGUGGAAGACUACGGUCUGUCCACUGGAACAUCUGGUCAAGCGAGACAUCAAAGAUCAGCCGGUGGGAGAGGAUGCAGAUGCUCUUCCAAUCAAGGAGCCGUCACGGAAGCGGCGCAAGAUACAAGAAGCGAAUGACGAAGAACGCAUUGCGGCGAAUUUCGUCAAAGUCACAUACGAGAUUGACGACGACUUUGACGCUGCACAGGCUGGCAAGACCGGCAAAUCGCGCACCAUCUGGUUCUACGACUUCAACAAGAUGGAGUUCAAGGUGGAGGAAAUCAUCGUGGAAGAAGAUGACACCAUCUUUGAGGAGAUCAUUAUUUCUAGAAUCUAG